UUGACUGAUGUGUGUUGGAGCAUUACAUUAUUUCAGUUUAUUUUUUAACAGAGUUUAUGCAGUAAGCAGGUGAAGAUGGAGACCAAAAGACAGUUUCAUGAAAUACAACCACAAUAUCCAGAAUGUGCGAUCUUAUCUCGAUCAUCUGAGCUCAGGAUUGUUCUGCUGGGAAACAAUGGAGCUAAAAACAGUGCUAUAGGCAACAUGAUACUGGGCAGGAAAGCAUUUAAUGGGAUGGGCACAACAGUAAGUGAAGUACAGAGAGGAAGAGUAGAAGAUCGAAAUAUUUCAGUUAUUGACACUCCAGGAUUCCUCCACACUGAACUGACUGAUGAAGAUCUACAGAAUGAACUGAUAAAGAGUCUUUCACUUGCUCGUCCUGGUCCUCAUGUGUUCCUGCUGAUAGUCAGACUAGAAGAAGAUUAUGUGGAAAAGAUUGUACAAAUGAUUAAGGAAACCUUUGGAGCACAAGUGUUUAAGUUCACCUUAGUGCUGUUUAUUAGAAAACAAACCUCAAAUAAAGAAUGUAUGGGCUUUUCACUCAGUGAAACAUGUCAUGAACUCCUCAGCCAUUUUAAAGGAAACUAUUAUGUGAUAAACAGUGAAAGGAGGACAACACAUAUUACAAGACUUUUGGAAAAAAUUUCUGAAGUUGUCAAAGAGAAUGAAAACCAGCAUUACAACUUUUCCCCAAUUCUCAGAAAACAGGCACAAACAUAUCUGAGGAUUGUGAUGGUGGGUAAAUCUGGAGCUGGAAAAAGUGCAACAGGAAAUACAAUCCUGGGAAACAACCUGUUUAGAGUAGACGUUUCAUCUGAAUCUGUUACCACACAGUGUGAAACACAUCACGAGAUGGUAGUAGGUAGAAGCAUCUCAGUGACCGACACUCCAGGAUUCUUUGAUUCAUCAAUGAGUGAAGAAAUGCUGAAGUCUGAAAUACACAAGUGUGUAGAGAUGUCUGCUCCUGGUCCUCAUGUGUUUCUGCUGGUUAUAAGACUGGAUGUGAAAUUUACAGAUGCAGAGAAGAUGACAGUGAAAUGGAUUGAGGAGAACUUUUCAGCAGACGCUAUAAACUAUGCUAUGGUUCUGUUUACUAGAGGAGAUCAGUUAGACAAAAAAAUCGAAGAUUUUCUGAAGAAAAACAAACAGUUAAAAGAUCUAGUCGAUAAGUGUAAAAAUAGAUAUCAUGUCUUUAAUAACAGAGGCAAAACUCAAACACAGGUUCCUGAAUUGUUAAAGAAAAUAGACAGACUCAUGGAGGAGAAUGGAGGACAACAUUACACAAAUGAGAUGUACAAGGAAACUCAGAGAAAAAUGAUUGAAGAACAGAAACAAAGAAAGAGAGAGGAUGAACUGAGAAGGAGAGAGGGCGAACUUAAAAAGGUAGAAGAAGGACAGAGAAAGAGAGAGGAAGAAAUGAUAAAGAAAGUUGAAGAACUAAGUAAGAGAGAGGAAGAGCAGAGAAAGAUAGAGGAAGAACUGAGAAAGACAGUUCAAGAAUUUAGAAAGAUAGAGGAUGAGAAGAGAAUAAGAGAAGAAGAACUGAGAAAAGAAGUAGAAGAACUUAAAAAGAGAGAGGAAGAACUGAGAAAGACAGUAGAAGAACAGAGAAAGAUGGAGGAUGGAAGGAGAAAGAGAGAGGAAGAACUGAGAAAAAUGGGGGAACAACUAAGAAAGAGAGAGGAAGAACACAGAACGAAAGUGGAAGAACAGAGAAAGAGAGAGGAUGGAAAGAGAAAGAAAGAGGAAGGACAGAGAAAGAUAGACGAAGAACUGAAAAAUAGAAUGGUAGAACUAAGAAAUAAAGAGGAAGGGCAGAAAACGAGAGAGGAAGAACUGAAAAAGAAAGUGGAAGAACAGAGAAAGAUAGAGAAAGAACUGAGAAAGAAAGUGGAAGAACAGAGAAAGAUAGAGGAAGAACUGAGAAAGAGAGAGGAUGGACAGAGAAAGAUAGAGGAAGAACUGAGAAAGAGAGAGGAUGGACAGAGAAAAGGGGAGAAAGAACAGAGAAAGAUGAAGGAAGAACUGAAAAAGAAAGAGCAGGGCUUGAUAGAGAGAGAGAAAGGACAGAGUGAGAGAGAGGAAAAAUUGAGAAACAGAGAGGAUGAACAGAAGAAAAGAGAGAUAAUAAAUAAACCAGAAAAUGAGGUGAUUCUCCAACAAGGUGAAGACAAAGAGUUAUUCAAGACAGUGGCUGUAUGGGCAAUAGUUGGUUGGACUCUAUUUCUGGCCAAUAGUCUUGCAUUGAUAAUACCUGCUGUCAUAAUAGCUAUAAUUGUAUAUUAUAUUUAAAUAUUAAAAGGAGCCUUUCACAAGAAUUUAUUUAGAUAUAAAAUACAUAUUUUUAUUUGGUGUCCCCAGAGUUCGUAUGUGAGCUCAAAAUACCCCACAGAUAAUUUAUUAUACAGUAGCAUGUUAAAAGUGCCACUUUGUAGGUGUGACCUUUUAAAUGCAAAUGAGCUGAUGCAAAUGCAGACUCUCUCUCUAUCUCUCUAGCCAUUUUCAUACAGAGGGCCCUAUUUUAACGAUCUAAGCACAUUGUCUAAAGCGCACGGUCUAAACGGGUGUGUCCAAUUCCACUUUGCUAAUUUAACGACUGGAAAAAUGUUUUAUGUGCCUUUUAUUUUCAGUCAUUUCAGGUUUUAAUGAUAAUAAUUGUUUACGUUCACAUGUUCAUUUCGAAUCAUGAACUUACAAGACGACCAUACUUGUCACGCUCUGAGGUUAUUUUGGGGAUUUCUGCCUAGAUUUGGCCUACCCAUAUUUAAAAGCUUCCCAUACCCACAUGCAAAGGUGUACAUACAAAAGUUUGGUAUCAUUUAGGAAACCCAUUGAAUUUACAUAAAAAGCUGUUGAAAGUGCUAAACAUAGUUGUAUGUGUUAUCAGUCCUCUAAUAAACACAAAAAUAAAUAGUCGCUUUUCGAUUUCUUUUUCUUUAGUCUGUAUUUGAAAGUGUAUAUGUAACGUGGUUCCCCUGUGUCCCUGUGUUCAUUUGUGUUUUGGUGUAUUCAUAUGUCUUUGUGCAACCUGUGUUUGAGUUGUGUUCAUGUAUGCCAUUCUCCCUGUGUUAAUUAGUGUAGCUCCGCCCCCUUGUUUGUUACCAUGGACAUUCAUUGUUCCACUUAUUACCUCUUGUUUGUUGUCUUAGUGAUUCAUUGUCUCUGCCUUGUGAUUGGUUCUUGUCAUACAUAUAUACCCUGUUAGUUCAUGUUUGUCAGUCAAUGUUGGAUGUACUCCUGUGUUUAUCUCCUGUGUUUACCUGCCAUGUUUUGUUACCAUUUUUAUUCAUUAAAUUCUUAC